AUGUGUGGAAUCUUUGGUUACAUCAAUUACCUGGUCGAGAAGGACCGCAAGUUCAUCAUCACAACCCUCCUCAAUGGUCUCUCCCGACUCGAGUACCGUGGCUAUGAUUCCGCCGGUAUGGCCGUCGACGGCAACAAGAAAAAUGAAGUCUUUGCAUUCAAGGAAGUGGGCAAGGUGGCCAAGCUCAAGGAGCUCAUUGAGCAGAGUGAGGCCGACAUGAGCAAGACCUUCGAGUCCCACGCCGGUAUCUCCCACACUCGCUGGGCCACCCACGGAACCCCCUCCCGUCAGAACUGCCACCCCCACCGCUCGGACCCCAACUGGGAGUUCUCCGUCGUUCACAAUGGUAUUAUCACCAACUAUAAGGAAUUGAAGGCUCUGCUGGAGACCAAGGGUUUCCGAUUCGAGACCGAGACCGAUACCGAGUGCAUUGCCAAGCUGGCCAAGUACCUCUAUGACCAACACCCCGACAUUGAAUUCACAGUCCUGGCCAAGGCCGUCAUCAAGGAGCUCGAGGGUGCCUUUGGGUUCCCCCUGGUCAUUGGUGUGAAGACCUCCAAGAAGAUGAAGGUCGAUUUCGUCGACGUCGAAUAUUCCGAGGACGGUGUCCUUUCUGCGGAGCAGGCCUCCCAGAACGUUGCCGCCAAGAAGUCCGCCACUAGCCUCCUCGCUCCCCCGGACAAGUCUCUCUUGCACCGCUCCCAGUCCCGUGCAUUCCUGUCCGACGAUGGCAUCCCCCAGCCCGCCGAGUUCUUCCUCUCCUCUGACCCCUCGGCCAUCGUGGAGCACACCAAGAAGGUCCUCUACCUGGAGGAUGAUGACAUUGCCCACAUCCACGAGGGACAGCUCAACAUCCACCGCCUGACCAAGGACGACGGUACCUCCAACGUCCGUGCCAUCCAGACCAUUGAGCUCGAGCUGCAGGAGAUCAUGAAGGGUAAGUUCGACCACUUCAUGCAGAAGGAGAUCUUCGAGCAGCCCGAGUCCAUCGUCAACACCAUGAGAGGUCGUCUGGACGUUGCCAACAAGAAGGUCACCCUGGGUGGUCUCCGCCAAUACAUUUCGACCAUUCGUCGCUGCCGUCGUAUCAUUUUCAUUGCCUGUGGUACCAGUUACCACUCCUGCAUGGCUGUGCGUGGUAUCUUCGAAGAAUUGACCGAGAUCCCCAUCGCGGUCGAGCUCGCCUCCGAUUUCCUGGAUCGUCAGGCCCCUGUCUUCCGUGAUGACACCUGUGUCUUUGUUUCUCAGUCCGGAGAGACCGCUGACUCCCUGAUGGCUCUUCGCUACUGCCUGGAGCGCGGUGCCCUGACCGUUGGUGUUGUCAACGUCGUUGGAUCUUCCAUUUCCCUCCUCACCCACUGCGGUGUGCACAUCAACGCUGGUCCUGAGAUUGGUGUGGCCUCCACCAAGGCUUACACCUCUCAGUUCGUGGCCAUGGUCAUGUUCGCUUUGUCGCUCAGUGAGGACCGUGCCUCCAAGCAGAAGAGACGCGAGGAGAUCAUGGAGGGUCUCGGCCAAAUCUCCGAGCAGUUCAAGCAGAUCCUGAAGCUCAACGAUCCCAUCAAGGAGCUGUGUGUCAAAUCCUUCAAGAACCAAAAGAGUUUGCUGCUGUUGGGUCGCGGUGCUCAAUUCCCCACUGCCCUCGAGGGUGCCCUCAAGAUCAAGGAAAUCUCCUACCUUCACUGCGAGGCUGUCAUGUCCGGUGAAUUGAAGCACGGUGUCCUGGCUCUCGUGGAUGAGAACCUUCCCAUCAUCAUGAUCCUCACCCGUGAUGAUCUGUUCACCAAGUCCCUGAACGCUUACCAACAGGUCAUUGCUCGCGGUGGUCGCCCCAUUGUGAUCUGCAACAAUGACGACCCCGAUUUCUCUGCUGCCGAGACCGAGAAGAUCGGUGUCCCCAAGACCGUGGACUGUCUCCAGGGCCUGCUCAACGUCAUUCCUUUGCAGCUGAUCUCCUACUGGCUUGCCGUCGGCGAGGGACUCAAUGUUGACUUCCCUCGCAACUUGGCCAAGUCGGUCACAGUCGAGUAA